AUGGCUUCUUUCCACCUUUUUCCCGAUCUGCCGUACGAACUUCGGGAGAAGAUUUGGCAGCAGGCUAUUCGACCAUCCGCCAAGAACUGCUCCGGCAUACAGCAUUUCUCCAUCCGCCACAGCAAUAUGAACUUGGAAAGCACAGCCUCCAAGCCCAAAUUAAUACCGUCAUCUAGAGGUGUUCCAAGGUGUGACAAAGGAACGGCCUUCGCCGCCGAAAUACCAGGGACAGAAGGAGCUCAAGCCAACCGGUCCGCGUACAUGUGGGAUGCUGGUCUCUGGACCGCUUGUUGGGAAUCCCGCCAAAUCAUCUUGCGUCACUGGGAAAUGAAAAAAUGGCAGGAGAAGAGACGCUGUUUCCUCUCCGAGAAGAGAGGGUUUUGGUACCGGGAGGCAGAGUGGCGUGAGAAUCAAGAUUUCUGCAUUACCAUCAACGCCCCGUCUCUAACCAUAAAUGAUGGGGGCGAAGAAUGGCAGCUUAUGGUCCGUCCAUACGACGAUGCAUUCUAUUUCGACCCGAAGAGUCUCAAGGACGCGCUCAAACAACCAAUCUCGAACGGACACUGGGAUGAAUUGGUCGAUAUCAUGCAGGACCUGCCCUUCUCUGGACUUGAUUAUGGCUGCCAACCUGUGCAGCACCUUAUUUUUGAUUUUGAUCCAAACUGGCUCAAUAAUCUUCCCAGAUAUCAUGCAAAUGUGGAUCGCGGUUCACCACAGGAGUUCAUCAUUGACUUGCUAUGGCUGCUGGCGGGGAGAAGAACAGAAGAAAGAGUUUUCCAUAUCUGGCUGAUUGAUCGCAGCCGUCGUCAGUCCAGUAUCACAAAUGGGGAUGAAGUUCUCCCAGCUGAUAGCGCCGGCAAAGAAGCUCGGGUGUUUUACAACUGUGAUGAGGAGUUUGUCGACCUUGGGACUGCCGGACACAAUCCGUAUGCUAAGUCUAAACUUUUUGAUCAGCCUUGGAAGUUUGAGUAUGAUGAGGGCGGUUUCCCGAAACCCACAAAUAUUCUCAAGUGUGACGAAAACAAGCUUUCUGCCGCCUUGGCUGGAGAGGAGAACGAGUUCGCCGGCUGGUUCAUAUGGUGGCUGGCCGAAAAUCUCACUGAACCUUUGUCUAAGGUUAAAAGCUACCCCUAUACGAUGGAUGAACCGCACUUGUGUGAAAAUUUUUACGUGGAGGAUCAUAUCAGCAUUCUUGGUUAUAGGAGCUAG